UAUAGGCCGGGUACUGUAAUAAAGGGGGCUACUUCAACACAACUUUCCUGUCUUGCCUGCACUGCUUCAGUGUAUUUUGAAAUUAUUUUUAUGAUAUAGGAAUAAGUAUUUUUUGCACAUCCAACAAAACAAGCAAACACAAACAGAGAAACUAAAUACCUUAAGAAAAAUUUAUUCAGGUUUUUUUUUAAUGAAUUAAUGGAAUUGUAUUUUUGGAAUUGCAACAAAGUCAGUUGAUUCUCUGAAGCUCCUCAUCUAUUUUUUUACUUCAAAAAGAAGAAACACUCCAGCAUCCCUUUUUUCGGCAUGAAAAUAAAUGAGAAAGAUUCUAAAGCGAAAGGGGGAAGAAGGCAGUGAAUUGACUGCGGAACUUCAGUGCAGACGAGUUCUGUUGUCUGUGAGCUCUUCAGUAGGUAAUGCUUCUGACAAUGAAGAUCAAAACGGUACGCAGAUGGAUAGUUCAAGACAGACCUCCAGUAUAGAUCUGCUGUUUUGGAAUUACUUGAAAUCCUUUAAUUGAUUGAUUUGUGCGUCUUGCGGAGAGGACAUGCAUCCAGACACGAAUGCGAGUAGAACCUGCUGGCAGAGCCCAAUCUAAGAAGCAGAUUGCCGUCUGGAUCACCGACCUGAGGAAUUAACACUAUACAGGACUUCAGCAAUGGAUUCAUGGUGCGAUGCUGGAUUAAGCAAAGCCUUUUAGCCCAACGGUAGCCCCCUACCUCCCCCACCCCCCAUCCCCCCCCCACCCCAAGUUAGAUCUUUUCUAAAUUAUGGAAAUUUUUUGGAAGACGCUGACUUGGAUAUUGGGCCUGGUCAUGGCUGCUUCUGAAUUUCAAAGCCACAACAGACUUUCACACAGUUCCCAAGAGGAGUUCCUAUCCUACCUUGAACACUACCAGCUGACAGUCCCAGUGAGAGUGGAUGAGAACGGAGACUUCAUGAGCUUUACUGUGAAACCUUACAGGCCGUUGCGGUGGAGAAGGAGUGCACAGCCUGUGGACCAACACUCUGCAGAGCCCAGACUCUUCUACAGACUCUCUGCCUAUGGAAGGCACUUUCAUUUAAAUCUGACUCUGAACCCUUACUUAGUGUCUAAACAUUUUACUGUAGAAUACUGGGGUAAAGAUGGACCAGAAUGGCGGCACGAUUUUGUAGAGAAUUGCCAUUAUACUGGAUACCUACAAGAUCAAUAUACCACAACGAAGGUCGCGUUGAGCAACUGCAAUGGCUUGCAUGGUGUUAUUACAACAGAGGAAGAGCAAUAUUUAAUUGAGCCAUUAAAGAAUAUACCCUCCAAAAAUUCCAGUGAUCUAAACUUUGAAGAAGGACAACCACAUGUUAUUUAUAAAAAAUCUUCCAUUCCCCGGCAACAUGGACACAAUGAGGAGUCCAGCUGUGGCGUUUCAGACCUCACAAGAAGCGAGAAGCCCUGGUGGCAGGGCAGUUCCCCAGCCUUUGCAGCCCCCACCCCAACUAACAACAGUGCGGCCAGGACUGCCCAUCGGCGGAAGAGAUCCGUAAGCUCGGAGAGGUUUGUGGAGACCCUGGUGGUAGCCGACAAAAUGAUGGUGGGAUACCACGGGCGCAAGGACAUCGAGCAUUACAUUCUGUCUGUAAUGAAUAUUGUUGCCAAACUUUACCGUGAUUCCAGUCUAGGAAACGUUGUGAACAUUAUUGUCACCCGCCUGAUCGUUCUCACUGAGGACCAGCCAAACCUGGAGAUAAACCACCAUGCAGACAAGUCUUUGGACAGCUUCUGUAAAUGGCAGAAAUCUAUCCUCUCACACCAAGGUGACGGGAACAGCAUUCCAGAAAAUGGGAUCGCUCACCAUGAUAACGCUGUUCUCAUUACGAGGUAUGACAUCUGCACUUACAAAAAUAAACCCUGUGGGACCCUUGGUUUAGCCUCUGUUGCUGGAAUGUGUGAGCCCGAGAGAAGCUGCAGCAUUAAUGAAGAUAUUGGGCUGGGUUCAGCUUUCACCAUAGCACACGAGAUUGGUCACAACUUCGGCAUGAAUCAUGAUGGAAUCGGAAACUCCUGUGGGACCAAGGGUCACGAGGCGGCAAAGCUCAUGGCGGCUCACAUUACAGCAAACACCAACCCCUUCUCCUGGUCAGCCUGCAGCAAGGACUACAUCACCAGCUUCCUCGACUCGGGGCGGGGGACGUGUCUGGACAAUGAGCCGCUGAAGCGAGACUUUCUGUACCCCACAGUGGCCCCCGGGCAGGUGUACGACGCUGAUGAACAGUGUCGCUUCCAAUAUGGGGCAUCAUCUCGCCAAUGCAAGUAUGGGGAAGUGUGUAGAGAGCUCUGGUGCCUUAGCAAAAGUAACCGAUGUGUCACCAACAGCAUACCGGCAGCUGAGGGAACCCUGUGCCAGACAGGAAGCAUAGAAAAAGGGUGGUGCUAUCAGGGCGAUUGCGUUCCUUUUGGCACAUGGCCACAAAGUGUGGACGGUAGCUGGGGACCCUGGUCCAUCUGGGGUGAAUGCAGCAGGACCUGUGGAGGGGGUGUCUCGUCCUCCGUCAGACACUGUGACAGCCCAGCGCCUUCUGGUGGAGGAAAGUACUGUCUUGGGGAAAGGAAACGAUACCGCUCCUGUAAUACCGAUCCGUGUCCCAUAGGAUCCCGGGAUUUUCGAGAAAAGCAGUGUGCGGACUUUGAUAACAUGCCAUUUCGGGGGAAGUAUUACAACUGGAAACCAUAUACUGGAGGUGGCGUGAAGCCUUGUGCCUUAAAUUGCCUGGCUGAGGGGUAUAAUUUCUACACGGAGCGUUCCCCUGCUGUAAUUGACGGAACACGCUGCCAGGCUGACUCCCUAGACAUCUGCAUAAAUGGAGAAUGCAAGCACGUCGGCUGUGAUAAUAUUCUGGGUUCGGAUGCAAAGGAGGAUCGAUGUCGUGCUUGUGGAGGAGAUGGCAGCACUUGUGAAGCCACUGAAGGCCUCUUCAAUGACUCGCUCCCAAGGGGAGGAUAUAUGGAGGUUGUUCAGAUCCCUAGAGGCUCUGUGCACAUUGAGAUUAAAGAAGUGGCGGUGUCGAAGAACUAUAUUGCUUUAAAAUCUGAAGGAGAUGACUACUAUAUCAAUGGAGCCUGGACCAUUGACUGGCCUAGGAAGUUUGACAUAGCUGGCACAGCCUUCCAUUACAAGAGGCCUGCUGAUGAACCUGAAUCCCUGGAAGCCCUUGGUGCAACUACAGAGAACCUUGUUGUCAUGGUUCUCCUUCAGGAGCAGAAUCUCGGCAUCAGGUACAAGUUCAACGUUCCCAUCAUGCGCACAGGCAGUGGGGACAAUGAAGUAGGAUUCUCAUGGCACCAUGUUCCAUGGUCAGAGUGUUCAGCAACAUGUGCAGGAGGUUCCCAAAAGCAAGAGGUCGUGUGUAAAAGACUAGAUGACAACUCGGUCGUACAGAACAGCUACUGCGACCCCGAUAGCAAGCCACCAGAGAACCAGAGAGCCUGCAAUACAGAGCCUUGUCCCCCAGAGUGGUUUAUCGGAGACUGGUCCGAGUGUAGUAAGACAUGUGAUGGGGGUACGCGCAUGCGCACUGUCCUCUGUAUCCGGAAAAUUGGUCCUUCCGAAGAGGAGACUCUGGACGGCAGUCACUGUCUGACCCACCGGCCCAUAGAGAGAGAGCCCUGCAACAACCAGUCCUGUCCCCCUCAGUGGGUGACCCUGGACUGGUCAGAGUGCACGCCAAAGUGUGGCCCAGGUUUUAAGCACCGGAUUGUGCUGUGCAAGAGCAGUGACCUGACCAAGACCUUCCCUCCUGCCCACUGCCCCGAUGUCAGCAAGCCCCCAGUGAGGAUUCGCUGCAGUCUGGGCCGCUGCCCCCCCCCUCGCUGGAUCACUGGGGAAUGGGGACAGUGUUCAGCACAGUGUGGGCUGGGGCAGCAGAUGCGGACAGUGCAGUGUCUCUCAUACACAGGACAGCCCUCGAGUGAAUGUGCAGAAAAACUCCGACCUCCAAACAUGCAGCAGUGUGAGAGCAAAUGUGACACCACACCCAUUUCCAAUGCAGAAGAAUGCAAAGAUGUAAACAAAGUGGCGUACUGCCCACUGGUGCUGAAGUUCAAGUUCUGCAGCCGAGCGUACUUCAGGCAGAUGUGUUGCAAGACGUGCCAAGGACACUGACCCAGUGAAAGAGG